AUUUCUCAGAAAGAAUGAGGUAACCUGCAAGCUUUUCCUGUUGCUCAAAUCUCCUUCUUUCAUCCUCUGAGCUUCAGUCUGCUCCCAUCUCCACUCCAGCCUGGAUUGUUGCUCUUUCCCUAAUAUUGUAGAAGUUGGAAUGACAUGGUCUUGAACUGAGGCUGCUGUAAUGAGAGCUUGUGUUCUUGGAUCAAUUUGUGCUCUUCUCAUGCUCCUGUGGGAGCCUGGAUGCCAGGGGGAUGAGGUUACAACCAGCACAGUGAACCCAUGCUGUUAUCUGCCCUGUCAACACUGGAGUGUUUGUGUGCGCCACGGCCAGGACAAGUACGAAUGUGACUGCACUCACACUGGCUACUACGGACAAAACUGCACAAUCCCGGAAUUAUGGACCCGGGUGCGUCAGUUCCUCAAGCCUAGUCCAGAUGUAGUGCACUACAUUCUCACCCACUUCCACUGGCUCUGGGACAUUAUCAACAACACGUUCUUACGGGACACCCUCAUGCGUCUGGUUCUAACAGUGAGGUCCAACUUGAUUCCCAGUCCUCCCACUUUCAAUUCAAAAUAUGGCUACCUCAGCUGGGAGUCCUACUACAACCUCAGCUACUACACCAGGAUCCUGCCGCCUGUUCCUGAGGACUGCCCCACGCCUCUGGGCGUCAAAGGCAGAAAUGGGCUCCCUGACCCCGAGGUGUUGGUUGAGAGGCUGCUGAAAAGAAGGACAUUCAGACCCGACCCUCAGGGCUCCAAUCUUAUGUUUGCUUUCUUCGCUCAGCACUUCACCCACCAGUUCUUCAAGACAUACAAUAGCAUGGGUGUGGGCUUCACUAAGGCUUUAUCGCAUGGGGUCGACGCGGGGCACAUUUAUGGAGACAACUUGCGACGUCAGCACAAGCUCAGGCUUUUUAAAGAUGGAAAAAUGAAAUAUCAGAUAAUCAAUGGAGAAAUGUACCCCCCCACCAUAGCUGAUGCUCCUGUGAAGAUGAGCUACCCUCCUGGGAUCCCUGCAGAGAGACAGAUGGCCAUUGGUCAGGAGGUGUUCGGGCUCCUCCCUGGUUUGGGGUUGUAUGCCACGCUGUGGCUUAGAGAGCAUAACAGAGUCUGUGACGUCCUGAAAGCAGAGCACCCAACCUGGGAUGACGAGCAGCUCUUCCAGACCACCCGCCUCAUCAUCAUAGGUGAGACCAUACGAAUCGUCAUAGAGGAUUACGUGCAGCACCUCAGCGGCUACCUACUGAAGCUCAAGUUUGAUCCCUCCCUGCUGUUUCAGUCCCAGUUUCAGUACGGGAACCGGAUCUCGCUGGAAUUCAGCCAGCUCUAUCACUGGCACCCCCUGAUGCCUGACAGCUUCCACAUUAACGGGGACGAACUGUCGUACUCGCAGUUCCUCUUCAACACAUCUGUCCUCACACACUAUGGCGUGGAGAAGCUGGUGGAUGCCUUCUCACGGCAACCUGCUGGCCAGAUCGGUGGAGGCUACAACAUGAACUCUGUUGUCACCAAUGUUGCCGUGCGAACAAUAAAGGAGUCGCGCCAGCUUCGGGUCCAGCCUUUUAAUGAGUACAGGAAGCGUUUUAACCUGGAGCCGUACACGUCGUUCAGAGACUUCACCGAUAACGAGGAGAUAGCCAGCACUCUUGAAGAGCUUUAUGGUGAUAUUGACGCUCUUGAAUUUUAUCCUGGGUUACUGCUGGAGAAGACUCGACCGGGGGCCAUCUUUGGACAAAGCAUGGUGGAAAUGGGUGCUCCGUUUUCCCUCAAAGGCCUCCUGGGAAACCCCAUAUGUUCUCCAGAAUACUGGAAGCCCAGCACAUUUGGAGGCAAAGUCGGCUUCGACAUCGUAAACUCUGCCACUCUGAAGAAGCUGGUGUGCCUGAACUCCAGGACGUGCCCCUAUGUGGCGUUCAGAGUUCCAGCAGAGGAGAAACCAGAUAGGAACGAUGGGAGAGAACGAAGCAAUGAGCUAUGACCAUGUGCAGACCCAGGAGGUUUAUGUUUUCUACUCUUCAGCCUGAGGGUUUCGGAGUGACUGCAAAAAACAAGCAAAUGAUUAAACAGUCUGUUCUGCAAGAAUUCCAACUCUCCCAUUGCCAUCUUGCAGGCUGUCCUACACUUGAACAAACACAUCAGUGCAGUGAGGAGUAAAACAUCUGUUUUUUAAUAAAUUCCUAAAGACUGAAAAUUUGUAAUUUUUGCACUGUCAGAGAAUAAAGAUGUGUAUUUGUUGGUAAAUAGUUUUAUUGAGUACAUUUUAGCUGCAGAAUAUGCUGUAAAGGAUUAAUAAAAAUUGGCAGGUAACAUCUAUUGUUCUUUAUAUCUCAAGGGUGUCUGCCCCAUGAACUGAAAUCUCUGAACCUGUAUUUAUUUUGGCCUGCACUUCAACCCUGACGGGAACGGAAAAUCAAACAAUAAUAUGGAAGCGUGGGCGUAAUAAAUCCAUUACCCACCAGCAUUAAAGUGUUGAAACACAAAAAGAUAGAAAACUCAGAGAAAUUUCAGGAAAGCAUUUGGGAUAGAUAACAGAUAAGUAACCCCUUUUGGAGAAAUACAUUCAUUCAAAUAUUCAGGCAAUAUUUUUUCAGCCUGUUUCUUUUAGAUGAUUAAAGCUACAUUGUUUUGUUUUAUAACAGUGCUGGCACCCCAAAGCGUUUUGUAGAACAUGUAAAGGAAAUCACUGCCCGAAUAAAAAUGCAUAUUUGUUGCAAGCUGCAGUUUCCCUGUGCAGGAAACUGCACGGAAGAUGGAAUUUGAUGCAUGAGUUCCCAGAAUAUGUAUCUAUCUAAUUAAAUGUCAUGUCUUGCGUCAUGGCUUCCUACUUUUAUUGUCUGCUUUUAGUCUUUAAUUUCUCUAUAAUCCAGUCAUUUCUUCCUUUCUUGAGUUCUUUUGUUUUUAC